AGACGUUCUUCCAAAUCAAACUUGCCAUCAAGGAUGAGGUUGAGUAUCUUGAGAAGGCUGGAAUAAACGUCAUCCAGAUUGACGAGGCUGCUUUGGGGAGGGUUGCCUCUAAGGAAGUUGGAGCAUGCUUUCUAUAUGGAUUGGGCUGUCCACUCCUUCAGGAUUACCAACUGUGGUGUCCAAGAUACUACCCAGAUCCAUACCCACAUGCGCUACUCAAAUUUCAAUGAUGUCAUUCACUCAAUCGUUAGCAUGGAUGCUGGUGUGCACAAUAUUCACUCGCCUAGUAUCCCUUCCACGGAAGAAAUUAUCCUAUAACGAAUUACAUAUGUUCACAUGUUCUUUCGUCUUAUGAUCUUCACUUCAUUGAUGAACAGAUCCCCAGAGUUUCUAGAUUGUACAUGGGUUCUCUUAACUGCAACUUGGGGGUCUUGGUGGAGUUGUCAAAAUAGAACGGGCGAUAUAGUAGUGUGGCCCGGGCAACGCUGCAAGGUUUAUCUUUCUGGUGGAGACUUCUUGUAUUGGCGAGGAAAUUGGAAAACGACGGAAGUCCAAUAUUUGUUUGAUUCG